GGGGCGGCUGUCAAAUCGAAUUACGGCCCCGAGUUACGAUUCACGUUAAUUUCUCCCGAAAAGCUUUUUCCUGAAUUAAUUUACUCGCUAUUUCCAAUCUAAACUCGGGCGAACGACGCGCAAGCACGGAAAUCUUUAGCAGAAAUACGAAAUAAUUCAUUCCAAAUUCCGAGCUCACGCAGUAACCUGCUAUUUUUGUUUGGUAGUCCAGUGCCACAGUAAAUAUUGUUCUUUGGUGUCGAAAUAUUGGUGCAGUGGUUUUUUUUACUUCUUCCUUACCGUAGCAGUGAAGCGUGAAAACUGUUGCAGAAAUGCUGAAAUAAGACUUUCGCAAUCCGUGAAUUUGUGUCAGUACAAACGAUCGUGCCAGUGCGGAGUACCUAGUGCCCUAAAAGCAGUGCCAAAACCAAAUGUUAAUGUAAAUUGAUACCUUUUCAGAUCGAUGCCGUCUAAAAUAUGCGGUGUUAAUUUUAUUUUUUGUUCCAUUUUACAUGUAAAGUGAACUUGUUCGUUUUAGUGAGCAGAGUGUACCAUCAAGCCUAAAUAAUAUGAGAAUGACUGUGACAUUCCAUUUUUAAAAAGACUGAACAGAUAAUUUUGUAGCUCUUAUUUUUUUUUUAUUGAGUGUUAAGGCAAAGGUAUAACUAAAGUUGUAGUGUGGAUUCAGUUUAAAUGGCAGAUAAAAUAGGGAUGUUUCAUCUCAAUCUUCAGCCAUGAGACGGGUUUUCGGCGUGUGCUCUGAUGGGUGGCUCCUUUGUGGACAGAAUGUGAGCGGCUAGUGGCUGUCUUCUAUUUGUUGUCUGGCUCUCCGCACGGCUCGGUGAUGUCUUGUCAGUCGCUGGCGGCGCGCGCCUUCGCCGAGCCGGACAAGGACUCGCAUUGCACCAGAACCACUUUUCACAGAACGGUGCGGUUCAGUUCAGAUUCCCGCAGUCAAACCACAAGGACAUCUAACGACACAGAAUGCAAGCGAGAGACGCCAGGGUCAAUGUCGCUCAGCGCAUUGUCCGUCACGCCGAUGUCGCAAGGCUCGGCCAUGAGCCAGUCGGCUCCAACGGCUUCCGCCACCUUCGACAUCGACAUUGACUCGCCACCGCCACCGCCUGCGUGCAGGUUCCCAAAACUAGAGGAGUGUGCACACUUUCACUAUGAGAGAGUGUCAUUGGGCGGCCUGUCCGUCGAACUAGUGCCUUGCGAUACCAGUGGAGACUCACCAUGCGAAGGAUGGGUAUGCCUAAAGGUGAGGUCACACGUGAACUCUACGGAGGACUCGACCGAGUCUCGAGCGUUAAGCGCGAGCUGGACAGAAGCGAGUGACGUCCGGGAGUGGACGCUCACUAGAAAUAAGGACAACUUCUUACAGCUGGAUGAAAUGUUGCACAGGUGCAUAUACGACCGGAAAGUGUCUGGUCUCCCGAACCUCAAAGAGUGCAUGACACCAGAGCUGAUGCAGGACGAGACGGAGUACAGACAGCUGAUCGCAGACUACGUGCAUCACCUGUCCAUCAUCGCGGAUGACAGCAUCAACUGCGGUCCCGCGCUCAACUGGCUGCAGAUGGACAACAAGGGUCAUAAAUUAUUGGUGUCGAACGAAGACUCGAGUUCUAUCAACACUCCAGCCGUCGCCGCCGCUUAUUCCGUCAGAAAAUAUGUUUCACAGGCUCGAGACGAAAUAAGUUUUGAAGUUGGCGAUAUGAUUUCGAUCAUUGACAUGCCAGUGUUUUCCUUUUCGGCAGGCCCCCAAGAGUCGAUAUGGUGGCGCGGCAAGCGCGGUUUCCGCGUGGGCUUCUUCCCGCACCAUUGCGUCGCGGUCAUCGGAGACAAAGUGCCACGACAUAUGACGCAGCCGCCGCCGAUCGUUGGGUCAGUAGCAGUGGCACCAAUAAAGCCAGUUCUCCGCAAACACGGCAAGCUGAUCUCCCUGUUCCGGAGCUUCAUCCUCUCCCGACCCUCGCGCAGGAGCCUCAAGCAGCAGGGCAUCCUGCGGGAGAGAGUCUUCGGCUGCGACCUGGGCGAGCAUCUGCUCAACUGUGGACACGAUGUGCCUCUGGUGCUGGUGGAGUGUUCGCGCGCGAUCGAGCGGCGCGGCGCGGUGGACGGCAUAUACCGGCUGUCGGGCGGCGCGGCGCUGACGCAGCGGCUCCGCGCCGCCUUCGACGCGGGGCAGCCCGUCGACCUCGCGGCGCCUCUGCAGCGGGACCCGCACGCGCUCGCCAGCCUGCUCAAGAUGUACUUCCGUGAACUACCCAACCCGCUGUGCACAUACCAGCUGUACGACAGUUUCGUGUCGUCGGUGCAGGCGCCCGAAGAGAUGCGGCUGCGUGCCAUGAGGGACACGGUGGUCAAACUACCGCCGCCGCAUUAUAGGACAUUAGCGUACCUAAUGCGUCACCUUCGUAGAGUGUCGCUGCUGAGCGAGUCCACGGGCAUGACCGCGCGCAACAUGGCGAUCGUCUGGGCGCCCAACCUCUUGAGGUCGCCCAAACCACAGCAUGCGUUGCAAGGGGUCGCUGUACAGGCGGUGGUGACGGAGUUCUUGAUUUGCUACGCGGAAGAGUUAUUUGCGCAGGAGCAGGGUGCUGAUUCGGGCCCGCAAUCAUUAGAACAGGAUCAAUAUGACUCUCACGUGGAAUUAAGAGGCCUAGAAGCCGGCAGGAGGCCAAAAAGUUUACCUCUCAACCCACCCACCAAACUGUUAAGUCUCGAGGAAGCCCGUAGACGUGGGAAGUCGAUAAUCUGUGCGGAGACGUCGCCGGCGCCCGGGGCUUCGGGCGCCAUCGCCGCCGCCGCCACGGAGACCCUGCGCCCCGCGGGACACCUCAAACCCAAGUACAUUGAGGUGGGUUCCGGUCCAAACAAUCUACCUCAGUACCACACAGUCCUAGAACUACCAGUUGCAGGGUCAAAGAGAGCGUUAAAGCGGUCUCCGUCCGGUUGGCGAGGCCUGUUCAGCCGUAGCAAGCUUCAGCGCGCGCCCGCCCGGCCACCCGAUACGCCUCCAGCACAGGAGGUGUCCGUCUGUCCAUCAGCGCUGCGGCCUGCCAAGUCGUGCGAGUCGCUCACCUCAGAGACUGAUGCUUUACCGCCGCUGGCCGUCACCGCGGCCGCGCCCUUGAAACAUCACACCAGAUCGUCGUCAUGCGACUCGUACUUCGAGCCGUGGCAGGCGGAGCUGGCCGGCAUGCGCCUGCGCCUGUCGCCGCAGGAGAGAGACCACAACAUGUUCAGCGAAGAGGACGACACGGCCGUGCAAGUGCACAACGCACAGGACGACUCGCUGUGCUCGUCGCCGCCUGAGUCCGGCGCGUGUAGCGCCGCGCCCAGCCCGCGCCGCCCGCCGCGCCUAGACACAGACCUCGCCGAAAGGAAACGCGUGGCGUUGGAGCAGCUGGAGCAACAGGUGGCGCAACUCGGCUACAUCGACGGCGACCCCGACACCGCGCUGCCGGACAAACGACCCGCCGCGCCUAAGAGGCUAUGCAAAGAUCGGGACAGCCCUCUGUCCUCCACGUCGGAUUUCCAAACGUCACUCGCUAACGUCAAGCUCAGAGAGCGGAACUCACCGCGAAAACAAAAAAACUCGGCCCGGUACAGCGGUAUGCAUCACCCGGUUCUAAACGAUCCAGAAAAAUCUGUUACGAGGCUGACAUGGCACGGCAAAGACGGACACUCGACACUAAUCAAAAUAGACUGGCCUGCAGAAAACUCUUCCAUAAGCAAUCUGACUACAAGCACUUUAAACUCGGGCCCCGUAACGCCUGUGACUCCAAUUUACGAUCCGCUAGAAAGCGAUUCUGAAGUCAGCGACAACAGACACACUAUCACUAUCAAAAGCAACAAUUGUGACAACUGUGACGAGGAAAAGUGCCUCAAAUGCGAACUGAAAGCGACGGACUACGAAAACGUCAAAGACUUGGCGCGGGAUUACUCAGAGCAGAACUUACACGAUAGCCUCGAAGCUAGCCCCUUGCAUUCCACUGACAUAAGCUACCAAAACCUCAAUAGACUUUCAGCAGUUUCCACGUCAUCAAACUCCGAUCAGAACUCGCAUAAAAAAGAGAGCGAAUUUAUGAAAAUAAUGACGUCGUCCCACGAGAGCUCGUCCAGCUACUCCAACGUCAGUUUUAAACAGGACGAAUUGUACGAAUGCUACAAUUUCACGAGGCCAAAUUAUAUAAACCUAUCUUCCAGUACAUCAAAAAGCUCCCCCGGUAGCCCCUUAAAAAGUCCCCUGAAAUCGACCAUAAGUAUAACAUUCCGAUCGCCAGUGAAAUCUAAAGCAGAUGAUUAUGAACCGAUCGGGAAUAUGGACACUCCAACCAAUGAAAGAGAUUCCGUAUACGAGGAUAUAGAUCUUGAGAAAAAUUUGUCUAUAGUUGAGGACGCUACGAUACCACAGACAGACGCAAGUCUGCCGACGCAGCAAGCUUGUCAACCCGACGAUUUUAACCACGAUUUGAUCAUCCUGGAAACUCCGACAGAAUCCAGCGUAGAUGACAACUUAGAUGUGUACAGUCAAGUGAAAUUCUUUAGGAAAAGCAUAGAAGAAGUAAAUGCUAUGUUAUUAGAAUCUCCGGAAAAGGAGAUUUGCUCUGUGUAUGAAAAUAUAGAGUUCGAGGAAACUAGACAGCGCGAUUACGAAAACAUUAACGUUGAUACUCUAAAAAUCUGUGAUAAAGUAGAAAUAAGUAGUGAUAAAGAGAACGAAAGUUUGGAAAAAGAGAACGGAAACGUUAUAAAACCGACGGUUGCGACUAAGAACUUGAAUGUUAGAGAACUGGCGAUACGCUUCGAGAGUCCCACGGAACAAAAGGGGCCGUUUAACUUCGAUAAAUUCAAAACUGAAGUUAAGUAUCCCACUUUAGAAAGAACAGAGGAAAAAACCGAAAGAAAGAAAGACACGAAACCGCCUCCGAUUUCUCCGAAAACUUACAAAUUAUCCAAAAAUUCGAAUGCCAGAUCUUUGGAUGAGAAUGCGUUCGUCAAAGAGUUUGGCAAUGAAAAAGAUAGGAGAAAAAGUUUAGAAGUGAAAGAUGUGAAGCGACAAGCUAAAUAUUUGCCCGAUCUAAACUUAAAUACGGAGGAGCCGGAGACCAAGUUGGAAAGUAUUACGCCUACGACGGAAAAUAAACUAUCUCUAAUACAAAGAUUCGAUAUAAAAAGGCCCACCGACUUAAAAAACUUAAUCGGUUUCGAUACGGAAAAGAAGUUGAGUAGGGAACGUAUCGAAAAAUAUAAGGAAGAGAGGCGUAAUUUUUUAAGGGAAAAGUAUAGUUCGCAAUCCUUUAGAAGUAAUCCUGAACAACUGACGAGGAUCAAGCUGAAGAAGGAUGAAAAAGACUGUGAGAGACUGAAAGAGGAGUUACCUAAGUUUGAGAGGAGGAACACGGUUGAUUUGGGCCAAAGGAUGAGGUUUUCCUUGGCGAGAAGUGCCAAUAACUUGGACACCAUUCCAUCUCCUAUUAGUCCUGGAGAUGAAAUGCCCAGGAACGGGGACACUGCUGAUAGAAACCGCCAGGAAAGGAGAGAAAAAGUGUCACCAUCAUACAACAUACGCGACAUGGCCGCCAUGUUCGAACAGAAAUCACAAGGCACCGGCUGACCCUCGCCUCGUUAUAACGAAUAACCGUUAUAACGAGUGACCGGUUAUAACGUGUAACGUUAUUAAAUUUUAUCGUUGUAACGAGUUUCCCGCCGAUUAAACGUCGAUUCAUAGUCGCGUAUUCGUCAUUUUACGCUUACUGUACGAUUACGUGCUGCUUCCAUAUAAAAUGCUUAAACUGCAAUUGCUUUCAGUGGGCUUAGUAUGAGAUUUUACAUCUCACUAACGUUGAUAGAAUUCGAGAGUCGCAACAUAAUAACAAAGUAAAAUAGACCUAAGAUUGCUUGAUUUAAAGCCCAAAAAUUCAGUACCAUCAAUUUUAAUUUCGCAACGUUUCCGCUUCGAGUGACGUUUUUGGAUAAACUUAGACUUUAAAACAAGGGCAUUAAGGUCCGUUUAACUUUAACGGUGAAGUGUUUCGAUGUUGAAAUACUAUCAACGUUGGUAAGAUGUAAAAUCUUAUACUAAGCCUUAGUUCUUAUACUAACAAUUUUAAGAGGGCAACACUACCACUUCGUCAACAUUCUUAUUUUAUAAAAACCUCAUGUAAGCGUAUAAGCAAACGUAAAAUAACGGCAGCGUAUAUGUGAAGCUUUGAAGUAUUUGUCUAUAUACAAAACUUAACCAGUUUACUUGGUGACACUAACGAUUUAGGAGUUAACCGUUAUAACGGUUAUAACAACAACCGUUAUAACGAUAAUAACCGUUAUAACGAUAACAACCGUUAUAACGAUAACGAACAUUUACAUUAUAAUCGUAACGUGUGUAUCGUUAUUCCGUUACGAAUGUGGAUAAUAUUUUGUAACGCUUUAAAUUAUUUAAUAAACUGUUAUUUUAGGUUUAUUUGAGGGUAGUUGGUGUUGCAAUUUGAUUUAUGUUAGUUGUUGAUGUAAAAAAAGCUUGGUUUUAUAGUUUUCAAUUUACGUUAUUGGACAAAAUUACCUUUGGUAUUGGUCAUUAUAUCAUUAUCAUCUCAAUAAAUCGAUGCCUCAAUACUACACAUGAGCAUUCAAAAUGACAAGGAUUAUUUAUAUUACACGCAAAAGUAAAUACGAUAAAAAAGAAACCCUUCAAUUCAUAUAACAUCAAAGUUGAGUGUAAAAAGAGCAAAUGAUACUGGUUCUGAUAGCAACUCAAUUUUAGAAUAUUCGCAUCUUUUUCUUACGAAUGCAAUAAGAAAAGGAUAGACCAACUAAUUUAAAACUGUCAAAUCUUGUGACUUUAGAUUCCAGUCUUGAGCAUAGUGUUUAGCACUCAAAUUAAGAGUAUUUAGUUUCAAAUUCAUUCCCCGUCCUUUUUUAACACGAUAAAAAGAAAAGGAUGCGGAUAUUCCUGAAUAUCAAAGACCUAAAUGACCGGCAACACAUCGGCGGUACCUCUGGUGCUGCAAAUGUUCAUGGGCGGCGGUAGUCAUUUAACAUCAGGUGGGCGGGCCGCCUGAUCGUUUGCUCGCUAUUUAUUUAUUUAAAAAAAAUCUAAAUUUAGUUUAGAGACGAGAAGUAUGAGGAAAAGUAGGGAAAAGCAGUAGCAUAGAAUCUCGAUGUCUCUCUGAAAUUAAUCAGAAAGGGUCACCCAACUGACAUAACAAUUUUGCAAUACUAUUAACUAAAAUAAUGUAGAUAUUGUAUCCAAGUCGGGAAUGUAAGUUUGAGGAGUGCUGCAUUUGAUAUAAUAUGUUUAUUGAAGUUUGGGGAGCGAUGUGCUGGUUGUAUAUUAACUGUAUUUUUGUUGAUUUGAUUGUAUUUCAUUUAAGUAUUACGGUUAUAGAGUAUUUGACUUAAGACUGGCCGAAUACAAUCCUAUUUUCCUUUAACAUUUAUGGAGAUAUAAUAGUUACAAUUCAAAAUUAUUCAAUAACCAUGGACAAAAGAAUAAUGAAGAGUCAAAUACUCAGUGUAUGUAGUUAGAACCUAGUUCUUUUGCCAUGUCAGCCAAAUUCUGUCGUGCGACACGUCGCUAGUGUCGCAAGGUUCUAUUUUACGUACAUUACUACCACUUUUUCAAGUUACGUCGAUGUACCUGCGCAGAAAUCUUAGCUUUGAAUGGAGCGAAAAUAUCGCAGUCAAUCAUAGCGCGCGUCCGUCCGCUAUUGGUUGUUCCCUACGCGUCAUUUUUGCGCGCGCGAAUCAUGAGCGAGAUAGCACCAGUCUGUCGUUCUUGGUUUUUCGCGAUUUGUAAACUAAUACAACAAAGUAGACCUAUGGCAUUCUAACAGCGCCAAUGGCAGUAUUAUCUCCACAGGUUUAUAUAAAAAAUCUUUACUUGAAAGUGUCCAGUUUAAGAUAUUAGUCAGAGUAACGACUAAUUUGUGACUAACUCACGUCAAACUCAUUAUUUUGACUAAAUUCUUACAAAAAACCAAAUUAAAUUUGAAUUUGGCGGGCAGACCCGGGUAGUGCAGGGCACUUUUACAUCUUAACGUCAAGCAAUAAGGUCUGUAUUUCAUUGAUGUACAUUUGGUUUUAGUCGGCGUACAGUUGCGCUUUUCUGAGGAAACGAAUUAUAAAAGUGGUAUUACUGUAAACUUAUAAUAAUGUUGGUGAACGGAGAGUGGUCGUUUUUGUUAUGUUAUUUCUAUUUAUUUUAUUGUACAUAAUAUAAUAUAACUAGCUAUAUUAGUUUUUUAAAAAAUCAGGAAAAAUACGGAGGCUUAUUUUUAUAGUGUUAGAAAGGUUGCAAUCUAACAUUUGUCAAAUUUAAAACAUAAAAAAUCGGUCAAGUGCGAGUCAGGCUUGCACACGAAGGGUUCCUGUACCAAUAAUACUUUAAUUUUUUUUGUUAAUUUUCAUGUUGGCCAUUUAAAAAUAUUUAUUAUAUUUUGUUGUUAUAAGCGCCAAUAGAAAAACACAUUCUAUGAAAAUUUCAGCUCUAUAACUGUUACAGUUCACGAGAUACAGCCCAUUGACAGACGGACGGGCGGCGCAGUUUUAGUAGUAGAAUUCGAAUAAGGAACCCUACAAUAUAGUCCAUGCGCGUUAGGCUACGGAGUCUAGGUUUUUUUAGCUAAAAUUGUGCAGUAUUUUUUCUGAUCACACCAACACAAAAUCGAAACAUCACACUAUAAAGUAUUAUGAAGAUUGUGCUUUUUUUAUGUUUUUUUUAUAUUUUGUACUGAGUUGUGAAUACAUGAGCGGUUUGAAUGAAUCUCGUUAUUGACUCGUAAAACUUAUUGGGCCAGUUAAAAGUAUGCGAAAA